UGGGCGGAGCCGCCGGUCCCGCUCCGCCGCGCGGCUGCAGCACCGGGAGCGGCGGCGCCGAGGGCGCUCGGGGCGCUCCAAGCAUGGGCGUUCGCCGCCUCCUCGGGCUCCUGCUCGCCGCUUGCGCCGCUUUCCUCCUCCCCGGCCCCGGUUGCCUCGCACGACCCUGUUACGAUGAGCUGGUCGCGCCCCUCUACUCCUCGUCCAUCGGUGCCUCCUCCAGAUACAACAUCUUCUACUCAGCCAGCUUCGCCCGGCUGCACAGCACCAGCGGUUGGUCCCCCGACCCCCGCGACAAGCAGCCCUGGCUCCAGAUCGACCUGAUGCAGAAGCACAGGAUCAACGCGGUGGCCACGCAGGGGACCUUCAACACGUACGACUGGCUGACGCGCUACAUCGUGCUCUACGGGGACCACCCCACCAGCUGGAAACCCUUCUUCCAGCAGGGCAGCAACUGGACGUUCUUCGGGAACGUGAACGAGAGCGGGGUGGUGCGGCACGACCUGCACUACCCCAUCCUCGCCCGCUACAUCCGCAUCAUCCCAGUGGCCUGGAACCCCCGGGGGAAGAUCGGGCUGCGCCUGGGCCUCUACGGCUGCCCCUACCGGUCCCACGUGCUGUACUUCGACGGGGACGACGCCAUCUCCUACCGCUUCCGCGCCAAAAAGAUCAGCACGAUGGAAGACGACAUCUCCUUCAACUUCAAGACGGUGGAGCAGGACGGCGUGCUGAUGCACGGGGAGGGCUCGCAGGGCGACUACAUCACGGUGGAGCUCAAGCAAGCCCAGCUCUUCCUGCACAUCAACUUAGGCAGCAGCCCGGUGCACGCCACCGAGGGCCACACCACGGUGGCAGUGGGCAGCCUGCUGGAUGACCAGCACUGGCACUCGCUGCACAUCGAGCGCUACGGCCACCACGUCAACCUGACGCUGGACGGGGAGGUCAAACGCUUCCGCUGCCACGGCACCUUCGAGCAUCUCGACCUCGAGACCGAGCUCUUCUUCGGGGGGGUGAUCGACCAGGACAAGCAGCACCUCACCUACCGGCAAAACUUUCGGGGCUGUGUGGAGAACAUCAUCUUCAACGGGGUCAACAUCGCCGACCUGGCCCGGCACCGGAGAUCCAACAUCCGCUUCGAGGGCAGCGUGGGCCACUACUGCCAGGACCAGGUGAACACUCCCAUCACCUUCGCCGGCAUCAACAACUACGUGCAGGUGCCGGGGAUCCCCCGCAGGAACCGCCUGGCCGUCAGCUUUCGUUUCCGCUCCUGGGACAUGGCCGGGCUCCUGCUCUACACCAGCUUCGCCGACCGCCUGGGCUCCCUGGAGAUGGUGCUGAGCCAGGGCCAGGUCAACGUCUCCAUCGCCCAGCCCGGCAAGAAGAAGCUGGAGUUCGCUGCAGGGCAUCGCCUGAACGACGGCUUCUGGCACUCGGUGCAGCUGGUGGCACGGGAAGGCUCGGCCGUGGUGACCAUCGACGAUGACGACGGUGCCGAAUUUCGGGUGGCGCACCCCUUCCAGCUCCGCACCGGCAGCCAGUACUUCUUCGGAGGCUGCCCCAAGCCGGCCUCGCUCACCGGCUGCCGGUCGAACCAGACGGCCUUCCACGGCUGCCUGCAGAUGCUGAGCGUCGACAUGCAGCCCGUGGACCUGGAGAUGCUGGUGCAGCACCGGCUGGGGAAGUACGCCGACGUCUUCUUCAACGUCUGCGGCAUCACGGACAGGUGCACCCCCAACCUGUGCGAGCACGACGGCCGCUGCAUCCAGUCCUGGGAUGACUUCAUGUGCAUGUGCGACCUGACGGGGUACAAGGGAGAGACCUGCCACAAAUCCCUUUACAAGGAGUCAUGCGAUGCUUACCGGGUCAGCGGGAAGACCUCGGGGAACUACACCAUCGACCCGGACGGCAGCGGGCCGCUCAAGCCCUUCACGGUGUACUGUGACAUACGAGAGGACCGGGCAUGGACCAUCAUCCGGCACAACCGCCACUACGCCACGCGGGUGACAGGCUCCAGCGUGGACCAGCCGUACCUGGGCGCCGUGGAGUACUGGAACGCCUCCUGGGCCGAGGUCUCGGCGCUGGCAAACGCCUCCGAGUACUGCGAGCAGCGCAUCGAGCUGCACUGCUACAACUCCCGCCUGCUCAACACACCCUCUGGGCUGCCCUUCAGCUUCUGGAUGGGCCGAAACAACGAGCGGCACUACUACUGGGGGGGCUCGCGGCCGGGCAUCCAGCGCUGCGCCUGCGGGCUGGAAAAGAACUGCGCCGACCCCCAGUACUUCUGCAACUGCGACGCUGACCACACGCUGUGGAGGACGGACAAGGGGCUGCUGACCUUUGUGGACCACCUGCCCGUCACGCAGGUGGUGGUGGGAGACACCAACCGCUCCGGUUCUGAAGCGCAGUUCCUGCUGGGGCCCCUGCGGUGCUAUGGAGACCGCAACACCUGGAACACCGUCUCCUUCAACAGGGGUGCAGCCCUGCUCUUCCCCACCUUCCAGGCCAACCACAGCCUCGACAUCUCCUUCUACUUCAAGACCACUGCCCUGUCCGGCGUCUUCCUGGAGAACCCCGGCUCCCGAAACUACAUCCGCGUGGAGCUCAACACCACCAGGGACGUGGUGUUUGCCUACGACAUCGGGAACGGGCACGAGAACCUGACGGUGCGCUCGGCGGUGCCCUGGAACGACGACGAAUGGCACCAGGUGAAGGCUGAGCUCAACGUGAAGCUGGCCCGGCUGCGGGUGGACAAGCUGCCCUGGGUGGUGCGGCCGGCCCCGCCGCAGAGCUUUGUGCGCCUUGAGUUCGACAGACCCCUCUACGUCGGCGCGGCGGAGCACAAGAUGCGCCCGUUCCUGGGGUGCCUGCGGGCGCUGCGGAUGAAUGGGGUGACGCUCAACCUGGAGGGCAAGGCCAACGAGACCGAGGGCGUGCGGGUCAACUGCACCGGCCACUGCCAGGACCCGCCGGUGCCCUGCCAGAACAGCGGGCUCUGCGUCGAGCGCUACAGCCACUACAGCUGCAACUGCAGCAUCUCCGCCUUCGACGGGCCCUUCUGCAACCACGACAUCGGAGGGUACUUCGAGGAGGGCACGUGGGUGCGGUACAACAUCCUGCCCAUGUCGCUGUACGCCGCCCGCGAGUUCGCCAGCAUCGUCAGCAGCCCCUGGCAGCCCCUGCCCGGCUACAACCUCACCAGCGAGGAGGUCAGCUUCAGCUUCAGCACCACCUCGGCCCCCGCCGUGCUGCUCUACGUCAGCUCCUUCGUCAAGGACUACAUGGCCGUGCUCAUCAAGGACGACGGGAGCCUGCAGCUGCGCUACCAGCUGGGCACCAGCCCCUACGUCUUCGCCCUCACCACCAAGCCAGUGACGGACGGGAGACCCCACCACGUCAACAUCACCCGCCUGCAUCGCACGCUGUACACGCAGGUGGAUUACCUGCCCGUCAUGGAGCAGCAGUUCUCUCUGUUCGUGGACAGCAAGCUGGACUCCCCCAAGAACCUGUACCUGGGGCGCGUGAUGGAGACCGGCGUGAUCGACCCCGAGAUCCAGCGCUACAACACGCCCGGCUUCUCCGGCUGCCUCUCAGGGGUGAAGUUUAACAGCAUCGUCCCCCUCAAAGCCAUCUUCCGCCCCACCAGCGUGGUGCGGCCCUACAGCAUCCGGGGGGAGCUGGUGGAGUCCAGCUGCGCCUCCAUGCUGCCCCUCACCACCAUCUUCAUCCCCCCCGAGAUGGACCCCUGGUACAUGGGCACGGAGUUCCCCCACGUGCACGACGACGGCUGGAUCGGGAUCAUCAUCGGGUUCGUGACGUUCCUGCUGCUGCUGCUCGGGGGCUUGCUGGUGCUGCUCUACCUCUACUACCACCGCUACAAGGGCUCCUACCACACCAACGAGCCCAAGGCCAUCCAGGACUACGGCGGCACCGUCAAACCGCUGUCGGUGCGCAAAGACCAGAACCUGCCCCAGAUCCUGGAGGAGGCGAAAGGCGAUUAGCGGGGCCGGGGAAGGGGUGGGACGGGCUCGCAGCCCCCCCCGCGGCCACGGCGGGGGCCGCCCGGAGACCAGGAGCAAGCGUCGCGGGACCAAAGGGCCGAGCACACCUGAACUGCCAGCACCGCCGAGCCGAAGCCGGCCCCGUAGCCGGAGCGUGGCCACCUCCAGCCCAGCCCGGCCACCGGCACCCCCAGGUCCCUCCGCCGGAGGCCACCCGCUGCCAGAGCCCUGCUCCUCGGCGGGGACCCCCCCGCGGCACCUCGCAGCCCACAUGGAGGGGGGGGGGGGGGGGGGGGGAGCAGCACCGGAGGGGUGCCCCCCGCCCCGCUCGCGCCUCGAUUACCUGCUGCUUUACUCGCUUAGCAAGAGCCACGAAGGAAACCACGCAAUACCCAGCCUCGGAGCACAGCCCCGGGGCGCCCCAGCAAUACCCUGCCCGUGCGUGCACCGCGCAUGACGCCACCGCACUUUGCUGAGAUGCUGCUUUCCGACCGUCAGGUACGGAUGAUCCUUUCUACCAUUUUUUGUUGUUGUUGUUGUUGUUGUUUUUGUUGCUGGAUAUUCUACUACACUCCGGUGGUUUUUUUUAAUUCUCUCGGUUUGUAUAAAAAAAAAAACAAAAAACAAAACAAAAACGAAACAAAAAAACACAAAACGGAACUUUACGUCGGGUGUUAUACGUUCAAAGUGUCGUGGUAAGUGGUCCGUAGUUCGCUACUUCUCUGCCCGGGGUGCUCGUCCUGCCGUUACCGCCAGCCCGGGGAAAGCUCCCGUUCGCGCGCUGUAUCGUGGUUAAGACAAUGUUACAGAAAUGCAUUUAUCCACCCAAAGGCCUGGCUCCGCUGGGCACUUUAUUUUUAAAAAUAUCCGUUUUGCUGGACGAGGCACGGAGAGACUCAAAUAAAGGCAGAAUGACGGCGUUUGACGCGCUUCCCCGGCCUUCCCUUGGGCAGCCUGGGUGCGGAGGGAGAGCAGCUCCGCUCCUCCCCAGCACCAGGGAAGGGCACUGGCAGUGCCCGGCGUGAUCCCCACGGGACAUCCACCAGCAGCCGGGGCCGCAGGGACCCGCAGAGCCCGGGCUGGGUCACGGCACGGGCUCAGCCCGCGGCUGCGCUCGGCUGCACGGCAGCCCCGGGGAACAGAGCGCAGCGAGGCGCAGGGGGUGUUGGCGACCACUUUAUUAUGACAAAGGCUACAAGCCGCGUUCUUUUUAAAGUGCAUUAUAAUUCACCGUCAACGAACCACAGACACAAGCCUGGCAUAGUGCAGAUACGGCCAACGUGGCAGAGGACACCGAGCGGACAGCGGGGCCGGGGCAAGCCGGGGGACGGAGGCAGCGGGAGCGGGGCUGGGGGCGAGGGAGCGGGGCUGGGGUACAAGCGCUGCUCCAGACGGACCCAGAGCCCCGCCAGCCGGGACGGACAGCGGGCAGGACGGGAGCAGACCCGGGCCAGGAGGGGCUCAGCUCCCCGUGCAGACCCAGGGCGCUCUCUGCAUUUGGGGAUGCGAUGGGGGCCGUGCCCUGCCCUGCGUGGGAGCCCUGCGGUUCCCAGAGGAGCAGGGCAGCGGUUCCAGCCCUGGACAAACACCGUCCCGCAGCACCGCUCCAGGCUGGCACAGGAGUCCAGCAGCUUCCUGCAUCCCACGCCAGGCCAGCUGGCAGCACACGUGGCUCCUAGGGGACAGCCCCAACCUUCAGGCCCAGCUCCCUGCUCAGGGAAGGGGCUUCCAUCCAUCCAUUCCUCCAUCAAUCCCUCCAUCCACCCACCCACCCAGGCCUGGACAAACAGCCCCACAAAGGUGCUGCUGAAGGACGGCGGCGGUCUGGGACGUCCGUGGUCCCCCCCCAACCUGAGAGCACCCUGGGCAGCGCACGGGGCUCAGCUGCCUGGCUGGGAAUGCUUAGUUUAAAGUGCUUUUUUCUUUUUCUUUUUGCAUGGGGUGCUAAGGCCAAACCUCACCUUGCCAGAGAACAUUUCCCAUUUACCCCCAAGGCCAAGGCCAGGACCAAAGCAUCAGAAGCCUCCGGAGAGCUUUCCGGGGAGCCUUCCCCUCCGUCACUGCACAUAGCAGCUGCGGGUCUGCUGCGCCCUGAUCAAACCUCACCGAAGCAACAUCCAAGCAAUUCUGUGCAAU